CGGCCGGAGCUCUGGCCCCUCCCGUGCAAGUUCAUAACAUACUCGCCACCUUCCCCCCUCCAACACCCUCACCACUCCCGCCGGCCAGUCUUGCCCGCGCUUGGAGCAAACAGGCGUCUCUUCCCCUUUAACGGCCCGGCCCCGCCCCUGCCCUACCCCCAGCCCCCACUGCCCACCCAAGACUGAUCUGUCAGUCACUGCCCCAGCCCAAGUCGGCCAACGCUCUCCACCCCGGACUCGGGCAGAGGCCCUGGCAGUCCAGCGUCCAUCCGCGCUUCAGAGUCAAGAAGGGCGCUCCUGGGGCCCCAGUCGGUCGCGCUCCCCCGGGAUGCGAGUCCCUGCGCCGACACCCGGCAGAGGCCGGCACGGGCUGGGUUACUCCCAGUACAUAGGGAUGAAGAUGUCCUGGGCGUCCCGGCGCCUCUCUGCGGCCAGCCCGGCAGGUCCCUGAAGCCACCGCCCUAAACGCUCCGCUGCUGGGCUCCCACAGCUGUUUGGGGGGCCCUCCCUAACCGCCAAACCUCCUGAGGUCCUCUUUGACCCGGACCCAUGGAGCCGGGGGUGCUGGCCUCGCACAACCUCCCGCACCACGAGCCAAUCAGUUUCGGCAUCGAUCAGAUCCUGAGCUGCCCGGAACCCCCCGGGAGCGGCCUAGGCCCGGGUCGCACGGGCCAGGGCCAUGGAGAGAGUGCGGCGUUCUCGGGUGGAUUUCACGGAGCCUCAAGCUACGGCCCCGCGGCCUCGCUGGCCCCGGUACCAGGCAGCUCUGGUGUUGGCCCGGGCGGCGUGAUCCGCGUCCCGGCGCAUCGUCCUUUGCCAGUGCAGCCGCCCGCGGGAAGCGCACCUGCAGUUCCUGGACCCUCGGGCUUGGGCGGCGCCGGGGGCCUAGCGGGACUCACCUUCCCUUGGAUGGACAGCGGCCGCCGCUAUGCCAAGGACCGGCUCACGGCGGCGCUCUCGCCCUUCUCCGGGACGCGCCGUAUAGGUCACCCCUACCAAAAUCGGACCCCCCCAAAGCGGAAGAAGCCGCGCACAUCCUUCUCCCGCUCGCAGGUGCUGGAGCUGGAGCGGCGCUUCCUGCGCCAGAAGUACCUGGCCUCGGCCGAGAGGGCGGCGCUGGCCAAGGCCCUGCGCAUGACCGACGCGCAGGUCAAGACGUGGUUCCAGAACCGGCGCACCAAGUGGCGGCGCCAGACGGCCGAGGAGCGCGAGGCGGAGCGGCACCGCGCGGGCCGACUGCUUCUGCACCUGCAGCAGGACGCGCUGCCUCGGCCGCUGCGGCCGCCGCUGCCCCCGGACCCGCUCUGCCUGCACAACUCGUCGCUCUUCGCGCUGCAGAACCUGCAGCCCUGGGCCGAGGACAACAAGGUGGCUUCCGUGUCCGGGCUUGCUUCAGUGGUGUGAGCGACACCUGCCCGACCGAGCGAGCGAGCGCUCUUUUCCGGACCGAGGCGCCUCGUGGAGCCCCGGAGCUGGGGCCUAGGAGCGCAUGGCCGCCCACGCCGUGGUUCUGUAGCAGUGGAGCGUGUGAGGAGGAGCUGGCUUUGAG